AUGACAACCAUUAAAAUCCCUUUCACUAAAAAAAGUAUUAAGGAAAUUCCUGCUAAGGACUUAAACGCAGGAAGUAAAGGUGUAGAAUUAGAAAUUCAAACUGAUUUAUUAGUGUCGCAAAUUCACUCCUUAAAAAAUGCUGUCGGUGGUAAUAUAACUGACGGUUCUUUCCAAAAAAUCGCUUUUGUUUUUAAGGAUAAUGCCGAAAAGGCUUAUUAUGAGACUCUUUUAGAUAGCAAAAACCAAAAUUUUGAGUUAAGUUUUGAUAAAGAGAAA